AGUUGAUUGCACUUCCAGGAGGUGGAAUGGAAAAGGCCUUUCCCUCAGAUUCCCAUGCUGGCAUUUCUGUGAGGAUUUCGGGUAUUAUCUCCAUGGUGGGCCAAGGCACAAAGACAGGACUGACUCAGAAUGCAGAGCCAGAGCCCCGGAGCCUCUCCCUUGGUGGCCACGUGGGCUUCGAUAGCCUCCCGGACCAGCUCGUCAGCAAGUCAGUCACACAGGGCUUCAGCUUUAAUAUCCUCUGCGUGGGGGAGACUGGCAUUGGCAAGUCCACGCUGAUGAACACUCUCUUCAACACGACCUUCGAGACCGAGGAAGCCAGUCAUCAUGAGGAGUGUGUGCGCCUGCGGCCCCAGACCUACGACCUCCAAGAGAGCAACGUGCACCUCAAGCUGACCAUCGUGGAUGCUGUGGGCUUCGGGGAUCAGAUCAAUAAGGAUGAGAGUUACAGGCCCAUAGUUGACUACAUCGACGCGCAGUUUGAAAACUACCUGCAGGAGGAGCUGAAGAUCCGCCGCUCACUCUUCGACUACCACGAUACGAGGGUCCACGUCUGCCUCUACUUUAUCACGCCCACUGGGCACUCCCUCAAGUCCCUGGAUCUGGUGACCAUGAAGAAACUAGACAGCAAGGUGAACAUUAUUCCCAUCAUUGCCAAGGCUGACACCAUCUCCAAGAGUGAGCUCCACAAGUUCAAGAUCAAGAUCAUGGGCGAGCUGGUCAGCAAUGGGGUUCAGAUCUACCAGUUUCCCACUGAUGAUGAGGCUGUUGCCGAGAUUAACGCAGUCAUGAACGCGCACUUGCCCUUCGCUGUGGUAGGCAGCACUGAAGAGGUGAAGGUGGGGAACAAGCUGGUCCGAGCACGGCAGUACCCAUGGGGAGUGGUGCAGGUGGAGAAUGAGAACCACUGUGACUUUGUGAAGCUCCGGGAGAUGUUGAUCAGAGUGAACAUGGAGGACCUCCGAGAACAGACCCACAGUCGGCACUACGAGCUGUACCGGCGCUGCAAGCUGGAGGAGAUGGGCUUCCAGGACAGCGAUGGUGACAGCCAGCCCUUCAGUCUGCAGGAGACUUACGAGGCCAAGCGCAAGGAGUUCCUGAGUGAGCUGCAGAGGAAGGAGGAAGAGAUGAGGCAGAUGUUCGUCAACAAAGUGAAGGAGACAGAGCUGGAGCUGAAGGAGAAGGAGAGGGAGCUGCACGAGAAGUUUGAGCACCUCAAGCGGGUCCACCAGGAGGAGAAGCGCAAGGUGGAAGAGAAGCGCAGGGAGCUGGAGGAGGAGACUAGCGCCUUCAACCGCAGGAAGGCCGCGGUGGAGGCCCUGCAGUCCCAGGCCUUGCACGCCACCUCGCAGCAGCCUCUGAGGAAGGACAAGGACAAGAAGAACAGAUCAGAUAUAGGAGUACACCAGUCGGGCAUGAGCCUCUCCAACUCUAAGGUGAUGAUGACCAAGGCCAGUGUGGAGCCCUUGAACUGCAGCAGCUGGUGGCCCGCCAUACAGUGCUGCAGCUGCCUGGUCAGGGACGCGACGUGGAGGGAAGGAUUCCUCUGAGGCAGCAGCUCCACCACGUGGGGCCAGCCCAGGACCACCAGGGCAUGGAACUAGAGACCGUGGUUUUUAAUGUUAGAACAGAAAACCCCAUACCUUUCAUAUAUCAAUGACCAAAAGUGCAAACAAGUUAAAUUUCCAUCAGGGAGCAUCCGAUGUUGCCCAACCCCUUCCAUUCCCAUCCAUGGCCCCAAAAGGGACUUGAAGCUUAAUACUCAUUCUGUGGCCAAGCUGAGCUUCAACCUUGGAGAGAAAAGACAAUCUGCUUCCUGGGAUGGUCAUUAAGAGCUUAAAGUACCUAGAUGACAAUGUUUCAGUUCUGAAAAACAGAAGCAUACUAUUCAAGAUUAAGAUAGCAGAAAAGUUACUUGUAUCUGUAUACUGCAACUUGGCAACAAUGGCCAGUUUUCAGAAUGAAACAGCCCUUAGUGAUUUAAUCUUCAUGCUUCCUAACCGACCAAAACCCCAUACAUUUCCCAUUGCAUAAUUUUGCCUUACUAACGGAAUCAUUCCUUAAGAAUGACCAUCAUUCCCCAACUCAAAAAAUACCAACUAAUACAAUAUUUUUUAAGUGCCAGAUCAAUAUGGUCUAAAGCCUCAAUAAGGAUCGUGUGUAGGUGAAUAAAGACAGCUAAGUGAAUGUGUGUAAAGUGUAGCACAGGCAGACAGCUUUUUAUGUACAGUAUUCAUAGAAUGGAAAGUUAAAUAUUUUUGCAGUGUGUAUUUAAAGAGAAACUCACCACAACAGUGCCGUCAAAAAAAUCUUUAUAAUCUAUUGUCUUUUAGAAGCGGGGGUCUGGUGGAACUGUGUUGGAUUUAAGAUCUCCAUUUUCCCUCUUACGUGUGUCAUGAGCCCUGUGGGUCACCUCACUGUGGUAUGUGUAAGGACGUGUGCACGCCUGUGCUUUGCCAUCCUAUGUUGUGAACAGCUGUUCCAAAGGCGCACACGAGUCUAGGGCAGACUCUGCAAACUCCUCGUAUUUACUAUGGUCAAGAAGUCCAGCGGUAUCCCAAUAUAGAGGUCCCAGUGCAGUCUGUCCAAAAUAGCCAGCUCCACCCUCAGCAGCUCGCCCGGGGUAUAGCCAGAGCCGUAGUGCUUUAUGAAGUCUUUUAUGCGUGGAAUUAACUGUAAAAAGAAAAUAAAGAGGCCAAAGCCCUGUA